ACAAGAGGAGUGGAUGGAACACACACAUCGACCUCGUCUGAGGCAUGGCAGGAGAGGAGGAAGUGACUCUCGAGAGCUUGAGGAAGAAGAUGGCAGACUUCGCGAGGGAGAGAGACUGGGAACCAUUCCAUAGCCCCAGGAACCUCCUCCUGGCCCUGGUGGGGGAGGUCGGGGAACUGUCAGAGAUCUUCCAAUGGAAAGGUGAGGUGCCCAAGGGGCUGCCAGAAUGGGGAGAGGAAGAGAAGCAGCACCUGGGAGAGGAGCUCUCAGAUGUGCUGCUCUACCUUGUGAGGCUCUCAGACAUGUGUGGGGUGGACCUGGGGAAGGCUGCACUCAGGAAGCUGGAGCUCAAUGCCCUCAAAUACCCUGUCCAGCCAUGCAAGGGCUCCUCUUCAGGGAAGAAGCACACUCACCACCCCCCCACCAGUGCAAGCAACUCCAGCACCGAGGACCCCAGCAGUGGUGGAGCUUCUGAGGACGCUCUGCAACGCUAGCCUUCUAGGUUAUCUUUUUGGUCAUGGAUAGGGGCCAUUUUGGGGUAGACAGAGAAGCAGGGAAGGGUCUUAUUUUGUUGCAUGGGCACCAUCUCGGUUGGUGCAGCCAUUGCUGCCCGGGAGGCUAGCAGACAAAACAUACUUAAAUGCAAUGCUGUUUCCUCA